GGUUAACAGUCUCUCUCUCCAUUAUUGUCUGCUCAAUGAUCUCUCUCUCUCUCUAAGCUUUCAACUUUUUUAAUCCCAGCUCUGCCCCUCACAUAGUCAAGCUCUUUGGGAAUCUGGGUUUCCAGAAAACGAAAACAAAAAAGAAAUCAUUUUCUCUCCGCAUCAUAUUUAUAUUAUAAUAUAAAAAACCCUCAUCUCCUCGUUUCCAACGUUCAUAUAUGCUUUAAUAUCGUUCCAUACUCUACCCUUUUGUUUUGCCCAACUUCUCAAAAAAUCCACCGUCAAUUCGUCGACAAUCUUUUUUUGGGGUUAAUUUUUUCAUUUGAUUUUUUUUGGGGUCUGAAAAAUGGCUUCAUUGAUCAACCCAGUUCAUUCUCCAAUCCGAACUUCUCAGUUUUCUUCGCUGUAUUUAUCGUCCAAUAAGAUUUCGCCUUCUUUUGCUCUGCUCAAAGUUCGCUCGCUUUCUUCCAGAGCUUCAAGCUUGGCCUUUUCUCCGUUGCCGGAGGCUGUAAAGCCUUUACCGGCAGUUGGGUUUUCCGGCAAGGGGUUGAAGCUUUCAGGGUGGAGUCAGCAGCUGAGACGGCGGGGCUCUGUUGAGUUGCUGCCGGUUGCUAAGGCUGCAGCUGCCGAUGCUGAUGGUGCUGAGAUUGAAAUUGCUGAUGGGUAUGGGAAGCCUACAAAGAGCUUUUCUGAGAAAUUUCCUUUUCUGAUCACCGGUUUCUUUUUCUUCAUGUGGUACUUGUUAAAUGUCAUCUUCAACAUACUCAACAAGAAGGUCUACAAUUAUUUCCCAUAUCCAUAUUUUGUUUCUGUUAUACACCUCCUUGUUGGAGUGGUGUACUGUCUCGUUUCUUGGUCAGUUGGGUUGCCGAAGCGCGCGCCGAUUGACAAGGAGCAGUUGGCUCUGCUGACCCCAGUUGCAUUCUGUCACGCCCUCGGACAUGUCAUGUCCAAUGUUUCAUUUGCAGCUGUGGCUGUUUCUUUCACACACACUAUUAAAGCCCUGGAGCCGUUCUUCAAUGCAUCUGCUUCUCAGUUUGUUUUGGGGCAUCACAUUCCCUUGUCCCUGUGGCUAUCAUUGGCCCCUGUCGUGAUCGGUGUGUCCAUGGCAUCAUUGACUGAACUUUCUUUCAACUGGCUUGGCUUCGGCAGUGCGAUGAUUUCAAACAUUGCUUUCACCUAUAGAAGUAUCUAUUCAAAAAAAGCAAUGACAGGAAUGGACAGUACAAAUGUGUAUGCUUACAUUUCAAUCAUUGCUCUCUUGGUUUGCAUCCCACCAGCAAUUCUCAUUGAAGGGCCCCAACUGAUGCAAUAUGGAUUUAAGGAUGCUAUAGCGAAAGUAGGCCUCUACAAAUUUGUCUCUGAUUUAUUCUGGAUCGGAAUGUUUUAUCAUCUGUACAAUCAGCUUGCUACUAACACUUUGGAACGGGUUGCACCACUAACGCAUGCAGUCGGAAAUGUGUUGAAGCGUGUUUUCGUGAUCGGGUUCUCCAUUGUUGUGUUUGGCAACAAAAUCUCUACACAAACUGGGAUUGGAACUGCCAUCGCAAUCGCUGGUGUUGCCAUCUACUCCUUAAUCAAAGCAAACUUGGAAGAGCAAAAACGGAAGGCUGCUGCAGUUUCCGCAUCAUAGGUUUAUAGCCAUUAGAGGCUUUGUGGUGGAUGCCUGAGAGAAAAUAAAAGCUCUGAGAAUAAUAAGAAUUAAUAACAUCGAAUCGAGUCGAAAGCAUCGGGAGAUUACGAAAUGGAAAAGCUCAUUGAAUUUGUUGUAUUUUUCACUCAGUUUUAUUACCAAAAUUGUAAGUGAUCUACAAGGAAUUUUGAUCACUGUUGUAAUUGUAGCAGGCACUCGGCGCUUAAAUUCUGAUUAGGUGCCAAAUUUUUUUAAUAGAAUUUUAAAUACCAUAUGGUAACCUUCAGCGUUGCAAA